AACUCUGCAGGUUUGUAUUCCGGGAGGAACUGCCUGCGUUGCAUGCGUAUAAGAGGUCAUCUUUGUAUUCUAAGACUCUGCUGCAAACAUUUUUACAGGAACCAUGGAUACAGUUGAUGUCUGCUUGGAAUCUACGGGAGUGGCCAUUAGUAGGUCAAUCUCCGAUAGCAUUGGACCAAGUAGUUAUGAAAAUAAAUGCUCAGGAAGCACUAAGGUUAGCAUAGAUGGUAUCCGGACUAAGCAGGAGUUGCCCAUGUUUAUUAUGCCAAGGCACAUAAGACUAGCCAGCGCAUCAUAUGCAAUGAGUAGUGAUGCGGAUAUGGAAGAUGAUUCUUCGCAAAAGACGGAUUCUCAUACUGGAAAUAAACGAGCACGUAUUUCACAUACUGAUUUCUGGUCAAGAGUCGAUGCUGGUGAAAUCAAGAUUAAAGGUGCUAUAGACACGUGGUCAAAUAUUGCGACGUCUUCGCAACAAUCGCCGGUGAAUACUAAUUUGCCAAACUAUGCCAUUAGCACAACCAACCUCUCUGACUAUUCCUACAAAACGACGCCAUUUGGAGAUGUUUAUUAUUCCCCUAGGUUUAACGACAACAAAUACACGUACAGAUUUGUCAUUCUAACUAGGGGGGUAAGGAAUGAGGCUUAUCGCAUACUGAAAAGCUGUGGCAGACAUUUUUUAACCGAGAUGCAGAUUAUCCAUCAAUUAGGGAUAGAUCUUUCUCCCGGGUGGGAGCACUUCAUGGUUUUCCGCAACAAACUGGAAGAACUCAUACUAAGACGACCUUUAGGUAGCUAAAUACACAAUAGGGCACUGAUAUUUUAAAGGGUUUACAAAU